GGGGAAAUUCCGAAGGAGCAAAGAAAGUAUAAUGGAAAAAACUCGCAUCCAGUCAAGUCCGAUUUUGAUGCGGAAUGAUGUAGGUGACGUUAUCAUAAACGGACACUCGAUCAGCUGUGUGUUUGUGGACUUUAUGGUGCGCGUUCUAGUUGUAGUGCAUUGAAUAUAUACUAUGUUUUUUUUUGAACUUUUUGAAAGGACAAUGUUUUCAAUUUAAUGCUGUGAUUUCAAAUUAGUUGUGAUACUAAGGAAUUAAGCAAAAAUCAUAGUUUUAUACUUUUUGUCAUUCAAUAAAACGUUGACCCAAGCACACUCAGAAGAGCGAGUACCAACCAUGACGACGAAACUUGCUUAUGUGAAGUGACUCUGGAUAUUCACUCAGGCCACAAAAUGGCUAGCGAAAAGGGUGGCACGACCCCCAAUACAGGCUCAGAAGGGGGCGGUCAGAGCUCCGCGGUAUGCAAAGGACACAGGCGACAAGAAUCAAUGUACGCCAUGACCGGCUUGUACUCAGAAAGCAUCCCUGAGGAACAAGCUGAAACGUUUUCGGGUGACGCGGCUACCACCACCAAGUGCACUACGGCUUUUUGUCACGGUACCGAAACAGUCAUCAAAUGCCACAGUCGGAACCCGUCCGCCGGUUUUGAUCCACAUCGGGCAGUGCAAUCAGCCGUGGGCACCAUGGGCCGAUCCAACGAACCACCUGUGAUACUGAGGCAUUCGAAGGACUGCGGCAUUAUGGGACUAAGACCUCCCUGCGUACAAAGUCUAGCAAGCAUCAAGUUUUUCGUACUGCUGCUGUCGAUCUUGGUCACUCUUCAGCAAGCGCUAAGCUCUGGAUAUAUCAAUUCUGUGAUAACAACAAUUGAAAAACGAUUCGAGAUACCUUCAAGUCUCUCGGGACUAGUAGCGUCGUCUUAUGAAAUAGGAAAUGUGAUAACCGUGAUAUUUGUUAGUUAUUUGGGAAGUCGCCGUCAUAUUCCAGUGUGGAUUGGCGUUGGCGCGGUCAUAAUGGGGAUGGGAUCCCUCAUUUUUAUGGUGCCGCAUUUCAUAGCAGAUGAAAAUGUUGGAAUGAGUGAAGUAAAUAACAGCGAAGAGAACAUGUGUCGUAUAGUGACAGUGCACGAGCAAGAUAUGGGACUUGGGAGGUUAUCUUCUGGCCUGUCGUCGCCACCUUUAGCGCCUAAUAAUAUAAGAGGAGACAAUUGUAUUCAGGGAUCACCUUCAACAACUGGUCCCGUAUUGCUAUUCGUUUUGGCCCAAUUACUCUUAGGGUGCGGAGGAUCGCCACUUUUUACUCUAGGCACUACUUACAUCGAUGACCACGUUAGAUCAGAAAGUUCCUCUAUUUACAUUGGUUGCAUGUAUAGCAUGGCAGCUUUUGGGCCAGUUCUAGGAUUUCUACUAGGCGCUUAUCUCCUAUCGUUUCACAUGGACUCAUUGUCAAAAAUAAUUUCCAUAAACGCGGGAGAUAGUAAAUGGGUGGGCAUGUGGUGGGGAGGCUUCUUACUUUGCGGCUUUCUCUUGAUUAUUGUUGCCAUUCCCUUUUUCUCUUUUCCAAAAGUUCUCACUCACGAAAAAGAGAAAAUACGGCUAAUUGAGAAGCAGGCUGCUGCAAAUGCUGCCGCUGCCAGUACUAGCAGUAAGGAAAAGGAGAAACCAGCUAAUGCAAUGACAAAAGAUGAUACUGCUUAUGGAAAAGAUAUCAAAGAUAUUCCAAGAUCAAUGUGGAGAUUGGCUUCAAAUCCUGUUUAUAUGGUUACCUGUUUGGGAGCCUGCAUGGAACUUAUAAUAGUAUCUGGAUUUGUCGUUUUUCUUCCUAAAUAUCUGGAAACACAGUUUAGCUUAGGAAAGAGCCAAGCCAGUGUCUUUACAGGAUCCAUAGCUAUACCAGGAGCUUGCAUAGGCAUCUUCAUGGGUGGUCUGGUAUUGAAAAAAAUGGAGCUCAGACCGAAGGGUGCAGUGCAGUUCGUUUUAAUAUCAAAUUCAAUCUGCCUAUUGUGCUACGGCCUAUUAUUUUUUCUGGGCUGUGACAACUUGAAGAUGGCCGGGACCACAAUUCCAUACUUUAACAGUACGCAGCCGUUCCAAGUCAAUUUAACAGCUUCGUGUAACUUUGGAUGCGAAUGCAGUAUGAAUGACGUUGAACCUGUCUGUGGAAACAACGGACUAACAUAUUUUAGCCCUUGUCAUGCAGGCUGUACUUCUAUUUUGAGCUCUAAUUAUACCAACUGUGCCUGUAUUCACGGAAACAUGAGCUUAAAAAAUGGUUCUUCCAUAAAAUACGCUUCCCCACUUGAGAGUGAUUACUCAGAGGUAACUAUAGUGCCUGUAGCUACGGCAGGACCAUGCAUUUCGCAAUGUCAUACCAUUUAUCCAUUUUUGAUAUUACUAUUUUUUAUGACGUUUAUCGUGGCAAUCACGCAGAUGCCUUUAUUGAUGAUAGUAUUAAGGUCUGUAAGUGAAGAAGAAAGAUCAUUCGCUCUAGGCAUGCAGUUUGUGAUAUUUCGGUUGUUUGGGUACAUUCCAGCACCAAUACUUUUUGGGAAUCUCAUCGACUCCACCUGCUUACUUUGGAAAAGUACUUGUGGUUCAAAAGGAGGAAGAUGCCUCCUUUAUGACAUUGAGCAGUUCCGCUACAGAUACGUCGGAUUGUGCGCAGGCAUCAAAAUCCUUGCCUUAGGAAUAUUUUUGCUUGACUGGUGGCUGGUACGCAGGAGAAAUGUGCUCGAUGAAGAUAAAGCCAUGUCUACUAAUGAAAUUGUUGGAUCAAUUAUUAGCCUAGAUAAGCUUUUUGCAAUAGAUAGCAAAGCACAUUCUCGUGCCCAUUCCAGAAACACCAGUUCGGUGACAUCGCAUGAGUUUCCACCACCAAAUUCACCAAAAACCUUGAGGCUGGUUAAAGAAGCUCUGGAAGCGCAUGUAGCUGAAACCUCACUAACUUUGGAGAAAAAUGAAACUGUCGACAAUGAUAGCGAUAUUGAUCUGAAAAAACGUCACACCUAGUGCAAUGAUAUAAGUAUCUACUAUAAUUUUAUUUUAUUCCUUCCUUUUUUAAGUUACUUAAAUAGUUUUUAUUUUAGCAUUUAAUGGUAGCUAUAAAAAAAUUUAAAAGAAAAAAAAAACAAUAAUUUUAGGUAUUGAUAUUAUGCAAUGUACUAUGUUAUACAAUUAUUAUAGUUUCCUCUUGUGUGGGAGUACAAACAACAUUUUUUUCAGUUAUUACUAUUUAAAUUCAAGAGGCAAUUGUGUAAAAGUCUUAUUACGCUUAUUUUGGUAUUUUUCUUAACAAAGAUUUCAAUCAAUACCCAAGUAAUAAUAGACAUUCAGUUGAAUGGUAUUUUUUUUCUCACUUAUUUGAAAAUGAUAAUAAAUUAAAUAAACUAAUAAUUAAAAAUUAUCAAAACAGAAACUAAUAUAAGGAACCACAACACAAAUUCUAAAUACAAUAACGAAUACAUAACUAUUAAGGAACAGAUUAUAAUGUCUGCACACUCAGGGACCUGUCCUUGUAAAUAUAUUCGAUCCAUAAAAUUGAUUUGAGCAGUUUUAGAUGUAAACCGGCCGCUCAAUAGUUAAAUUUCAAAAAAGCAUGAAAAAAAAAACCGUUGUUGCUAAUAAUAUAGAGACGUCCCAAGUUUGAACAAUAUUUGGAACAAUUUUUACUGAAAUACUCAUAGAUAGUCGAAUUGGUAGCAAAUUUUACUAGAAGGUUCAGUUAUUGACAUAGAUACAAUCCAAAUUUUAUUAGAUAGGUAACAAAAAUACUUCUACAAUACACAUAUCGUUUAAAAGUUUGAAAUUGCAUUAUUUCAUACUUGGCUUUAAAUUUUACACAAAUUUUAGUUUUAGAAAAAGUUUGAGAUUUAUAAUUUUACAAUAAAAACCUUAAUUCAAACACUUUUUAAUUAUGUAGUAUGCGGCAUUUUACUGAUAAGUGUGUUUAGGAAUCUUUGGAUCAAUUUAUUUAUCCAAACUAAUUUUUCUUGGACUAGAAACCAGUCUUGAUAUAUAAAAUUAUCCAGCAACGUAAUUAGAUUUCCACAUCCUUGUCAGUAUUAAGCUGCAAAACAUUUACCUAUAAUGAGUGUUUUGCCAUCCUAAAUAGAAAAUUGCAUAGAAGACUGCAUCUUACAUAAAAAUAAACACUUAAUAUUUAAAAUAGUAUGUAGCCUGCAUUGUAUAACAAUUUACUUCUAUUUUUCUAAAUUUAAUUCCAAAAACCAAACUGUUGACCAAAGACACUGCAUUUUGAUACAUCAUAGCCCUUCUGGUUAACAUAUAUACAUAAAGUUGAAUAUCCAGUUAUAAGGGAGCUUCAUUAAAAUGUGUAAUUCCAUUGAUUACUAGUUCUUUCCUAUUUCGGGUAUCAUCGAGCAAUCGAUUAAGAUGGAAACGGUAUUGAGCUCAGGCACAUCAAGCCUAACAACAAGCAGGAGAAUUAAAGCUAACUAUUUUCAUCUAAUCUACGCUACAAAAUGGAGAUUAAACUAAUACCGUGAGGAUUUCAAAUCCAGCAACUGAUGAUGUCUAAGCUUGGGAAAAACUAGUGACAAAUUGUAUUAGACCUUUCAAUGUAACUGCUUACCUAGAUGAUGGAACUGUUUUAUAAACACCCAAUGGGUUGCAUCCAGAACAUUAGGUUUAUAUUACACAGUGGAUUCGCUUUUCAUGCUUCAAUAUAUUGAUUGAUAUAUAGAAAUAGAAAGCAAAUUCUAUAUUUUAUUAUGUUUUACAUAUUUGCAUCCAACAUCUUUCUAAACGUUGGCUAUUAGCUUUUGCCCAGCUGGUGUAUCAUCAUUUUUUCAACUAGAAAAAACUGAUUGAAACCAAACGAUUUGACGUUCUGUCACUAACAUGAAAAGGUCUGAUAUCAUUUGCAGAUAGUUUUUUUUUCGUUGCCCUGUUAUCAUUAAUUGGUGGAUUAAAAUCUCCGCGGUAUUGGUUCAAUCUCCAUUCUGUAGCCGAGAUAAGUUGAAAAUAGUUAGUCUUUUAAGGCGCAUGGCAAUUUACUUAAACAAUCAGCAGUUUGGUUUUUGCUUUAUAAUAAAUUUGAUGUAGCAGAACACAGGUCAAAACUUUUUGCACACAGAUAUUUUUGCAAAAGCAACUUUUCUUGCAUUAGUUUGUCUUCAAAGAACAAUAAUUUAGUUGCGUCAUCUUCGUAAUAUCAAUGCAAAUGUAAAUUAUAUUUUUGUUCUCGUAAGUGAUCUCGCUACAAUAUUAGGGUACUUAUGAGAAUUGUUAAGACUUUGAAGAGGAAUUUUAUUAUUUAUACAUUCCAUGUUAAUAAACCUUCAGCUAAGCGUACUUAUACUUUGUAAUCGGGUUAUCAACUGUGCCAGAAUUAUACCAUAGUGAAUUUUAAUUUUUGUUCUUGUAUUUGGUUGUUUUCAAACUUAAUAUUGUCAAUAAUAUUUAACCAAUACAUCUAGUAUUAAUUUAUUUAUUUAGAAAUUACUUUCAACCUCAUUCGGUUUUUAUUUUCUGAAGCAAGGAAUAUACAUUUUAAAAUUAAGCGGACGUUAAACCUAGUAAUGGUUUUAUGGGACAUAUAAUUCGAAUUUAAAAAAAAAACUGUAUAUAAAUUAAAAUUGAAAUGGAAGCAAUAUGGCAAUGAAGUGUGAUUUGAGUGUUUGAUACUAAUGAAGAAAAAAUGUAGUAGAGGUCAAUAUUUAUUCCUUAUUUUAUUAGUUUAAUAAAACACCAAUAUUAUGAUUU